GGGCAUGCUAACUUAUUUCCCGCCAAAAUUCAGAGCAAGCGAAUCGAGGAGUAGCCAUGACAGCAGCUGACCGUGCCAGCAUCAUCCAUCGAAUCGUCCUCUCUCUCCUCUUCGCCACCCUCUGCGUGUCCGAUCCUGACCUCCUCCUCGACUACUGCGUCGCCGACACGGCGGCGGCGGCGGCGUCCCCUUCUUCGUUCCACUUCAACGGCCUGGCCUGCAUCGACCCGGCGGCGGCACGCGCCGAGCACUUUGCCACCUCAGCGCUAUCGCGGGCGACGAACCCGGCCGCCACGGUGUUCGGAUUCAACGUGACGCUGACGAGCCCAGCGUCGUCCCUGCCCGGCGCGAACGCGCAGGGGCUCGCCAUGGCGCGCAUCGACCUGGCCCCGGGAGGGAUGGCGCCGCCGCACUCGCACCCGCGCGCGUCGGAGGUGGCGCUCGUGCUCGCGGGCAGUGUCCUAGUCGGGUUCGCGGACACGUCGUACAGGCUGUACACGCAGCUGCUGCGCGCCGGCGAGGCGUUCGUGUUCCCGAGGGCGAUGGUGCACUUCCUGUACAACAUGGACACGGCGGCGCCGGCCGUGGUGCUGUCGGGGCUCAACAGCCAGAGCCCCGGCGCGCAGCUGGUGCCGUUCUCGGCGUUCCGCACGGAGCCACAGAUGCCGGAGGAGGUCCUCAAGAAGGCCUUCAAGAUCAACGGCCAGGACGUGCAGAGGAUCCAAAGAAACCUCGGUGGAUCCUAGAAAAAAAUCCGUGCAUGGGGGGCAAGAAAAGUGCCUAAGCCUAAUUCCGGCCCAUUCAAGGAGUGUCUCUCGCGUGCCAAUGGCCCAUUACUGUGAAAAUAUGAACAAACACACAA